CGGUCCUAUGAAAAACGCCGGGAUGGCCGCUUACAGGUUUGAGGUUAUGGGCAAGGAACACAGAGAUACGUAGAGAUUACGGAGAUUACGGAGCAAUAAUACGGAAUUGUAUGAUAUACGAGUUAUGUGUACACGUCGAAGUUAUUAUACAUGAUAUUACAAUUAUGUUAGAAAAACCGUCCAGUACGGAUAAUCCGUUAUCCAAAGAAGAUUAUUUGAUCAUGAGAGCUAAGAACGCAUUGCCGAAUGACAUUUAUGCCGCUAAAUCCUGGCUAAUCACUGCAAGAUCUUUAUUUCCGCAUAGUGCAAAAGUUCAGUUUGAGGCAUAUCGUAUCGAGAAAUUGUCAAAGAAUGUCAAAGAGGCAGCGAAAUGCUUCAGCGAGAUAUUCCAAAAUUUCCCGGACGAUCGCGAUAUAUGGAAAGAGAUAGAAACGGUAACGACGUGUCUUCGCUUGGAACAGUGCGAUAGCGAGGCUGAAUUUUUGUGCCAAAUGUUUCAACAUAUCCCGCAGGAUUUGCAGCAUAGGCUGCUUCUGAUGACAGCGGAUCAUAGCGAAGACACGAUGGAACAUUGCAAAUUAUUGCUCUUACUACUGAGCAAGUUUCCUCAAACUAUAGCAACUCAUGGGCCACGUUUGGUGGAAACUCUGUUGACUGCCGAGAAACAUAGUCAUCCAGGACGAGCUGUGAAUGGCUUCAGACGACUACUGGCGUGCGAAGCACUACCGCUGCUCGGUGGUGCUGCAGUGGAAUUGAUGCCUCGUCUGAGUCUACGAUUGCUGUGCAAGGCUGUGGAAUUUUACUUAGCGUACAUACAACAGCCGCAGGACACGCAAAUCCAAAAUCCAUGGGAUAGACUUUUCCAAAUCGUGGAGCUGAUAGGCAAGAAACUAGGAUGGGAGUUGAGCAGUUUAUUUGCCAUGCCUUGGAGUCGUGAAACGUACAGCGAUAGACUGCAGCAGUAUGCAAUUGCGCACAGCGCCGGUCUGUGCGACGAGCCUAUUGUUAGACAGCUGCUGAUGUGUACAAUUGUAGUAUUACUGAGAAUAUUAAAUGAACAUAACGUUCUCAUUAAUAACGAAGAGACAGCAUACUGCCUCGUAGAGGCUUUCGGGGAUGGAGUGUAUUCUUCUGCAGAAUCCAAAUUGAAAAAACGAAAACGAGAUGAUAGUGCUGGUGUAAUAGUAACCAGUGACAGCGACUACAACGGCAGUGGCCUCGCGUUGGCAGUGAAGCUGUGGGAUUUAUUGCACAGUAGUGACUAUCUUCAAAGAGAAAUAACUAAACUGAAUCAACAAUUGCGGCUAGACAAUUGGCUGAAUCUCUUCUUGACGGACUUGGCAAUGUAUAAAGGUUUACAUCAUGAAGUAAUGGCCAGAUUAUCAGAAGGCGGCAACUUAUCUGCUAAUCUUCGUUCGGCCAGUACAUGUUUCUUUUUGAAAGAUUACAAGGGCAUGUUGGAAUACAUUGUUCUGGUGACAAACUCUUUACCCACUACAUUAGGCAAAAUAUCUCACAAUCUGACAGUUCCAAGUAUGAGACAUUUACAUUAUUUGACUCUCGCCCGUUUCCCUAUUUUACAAUACUGUUGCAGAUUGCUUCUUUUAGCUAUAAAGGAAAAUUUUUCUUUACCUGGAAAUAUUGGGGAUUUGGCUAUUGGACACGCAUUAGUCCUCAUGCAGAUAGACUGGCCGCAGGAAGCUAGUAUUUUAACUAUAAUAACAGAACGAAUUCUCAAUCGUGGAAGUUUUAUCUAUCCAUUAUUCCAGCCGUACGUAAUAUGUGUAGAUAUCUUGGAAGAAUUAACGUAUUUAUGGACUGAACAUGGCGGAGGGGUAUCACUGGACAUAACGACGGGAACGGGAGUUAUACAAAAUCGUCGUAUCACCACCCGUGGUGCCGAUAAAGGAGUACGGGAGGAAUUGAAGCAAACCAUGCGUCGACAAGCGGCACGGGAUGGUAUUGAACCUUUAGAUGAAUUGUUACAAAAAUUUAUUAUCAAUGAACAAGGCGCCAUUCUGCACAGCUUAAUUAUCCAAUGAAUUAAUUUUGAGUCUCACCGCAUGUAGUCGUAUAACUUGGUGUAUACAAUAUUUUUAUAUCAAACUUUUUGAAAUAGUUCCCGACACCCAUAACUCAAUUCUUGUUCCUGAGUAUUAUUUAACAAUAAUAAUUAUGUGAUAUUUUUGUGAAUUAUUUAUAUAAAGACGAGGAUUCAAAAAAGAUUUGU